UAGAGGUCUCCUCGCCGCCUCCCCCAACUCCUACCGUAAUUAGGAUCGAAAUCAGACACCUUGUCCUGAGCCAGACCAUGGCGACCAGCGACUCCUCCGACUCCCACGACCGAAGAAGCCGUCGCCGCCACCGCCACCGCGAAAGCAGAAGAUUCGGAGGAGCCGCCGCCGCUAAUCGCGGCUCCCCGAACGGCUUCGGAACUUCUCUGUCCCGCGGCGCCAAUUCUAGGGUUUCGCCCGUUGAGCGUAGAGGCCGUCGCGGCUCGGAGAGCGAGAGUUCCGAUUCUGAUAGCCGCGAGAAGGUGCGGCGAUCGACGACUGAGCGCCGACAUCGACAUCUUCGUGAUGAAGAAGGGAAAUCGAGGAAUCACAUAUCCGAUAGGAGGCGGCGCGAUAGCGAUGAGGAAGAUGACCAGGGAAAGAAGGAAAGGAGGUUGAGCGGUAGCGGUAGUGAGGAUGACGGCGAGGCGAGGAGGAAAAAGAGGCGGCGUGGUAGUGAUGAGGACGCUGGGAAGGGGAAGGAGAAAAGAAGGCAACGGUCCGAUGAGGAGGAUAGCAGGCGAAAGAGAAUGAGAGACGACAACGAGUUGCGUGAUAGAGAUUCGCACCUCCACAAGGAUAGGAGGGAUAAGUUUGAGGAGAGCCCACCUCGGAGACGAGAAGCCCGUUCCAGUGGACGAAAGGGAGGCCGACGACACGAAGAAUGGAGAAGAGACGGUGAAGAGCAAUCGUCAGAUGACGAAGAAAGCCCUCGACGGCGAGAAAGGAAUAACAGAAAUAGUGAUCGGCGUUCAGAUGACCGACAUAGGGAUUAUGAUAGUGAAAACCAUAGGGAUAGGACUGCAGAAGAAGGCAAGGGCCGAGACCAAGAGAUCAAGAAGGUGGAGAGUCAACCACCACCAGCACCUGCUUCAGAUUCUAAUAUCGGAAGGACUGGUGGUAUCUACAUCCCUCCUCACAGGAUGGCCCAAAUGAUGCGUGAAGUGCAGGAUAAGAGCAGCGAGGCAUACCAGCGAUUGAGCUGGGAUGCCCUGAGGAAGAGUAUCAAUGGGCUAGUGAAUAAAGUAAAUGCUACAAACAUUAAGAACAUAAUUCCUGAGCUCUUCAUGGAGAAUUUGAUUCGUGGACGGGGACUUUUCUGCCGUUCAUGCAUGAAGUCCCAAAUGGCAUCCCCUGGAUUUACGGAUGUCUUUGCUGCAUUGGUUGCAGUUGUCAAUACCAAGUUUCCUUUAAUUGGCAGGCUUCUUGUUGUGAGAAUUGUCUUGCAACUCAAGAGGGCUUAUAAAAGGAAUGACAAGCCUCAACUACUUGCUGCAACCAAAUUUAUAGCUCAUUUAGUGAAUCAACUAGUAGCACAUGAGGUUAUUGCUUUAGAGCUUCUCACUGUGCUGUUGGAAAAUCCUACAGAUGACAGCGUAGAGGUUGCUGUUGGAUUCGUGAAAGAAUGUGGAGCAUUACUUCAGGACAUUUCACCCCAAGGCCUCCAUGGUAUAUUUGAACGUUUUCGUGGUAUACUUCAUGAGGGAGAAAUAGAUAAAAGGGUCCAAUUUUUGAUUGAAGGCCUUUUUGCGAUACGAAAAGCCAAAUUUCAGGGUUUUCCUGCUAUUCGUCCAGAGCUGGACCUUGUUGAGCAAGAGGAGCAACUUACCCAUGAGAUAUCCCUUGAUGAGGAGAUUGAUCCAGAGACACAUCUUGAUGUCUUUAAACCAAAUUUGAAUUUUCUUGACGAUGAAAAGGCUUAUGAGGACCUUAAAAAGAGGAUUCUUGAUGAUGAGUCUUCUGAAGAUGAAGAAGGCUCUGAUGUGGUCUCUGAUGAUGAGGAGGAAGAAGAAUCUGAGGAAGAUGAAACAGAAGAAAUGAAAAUAAAAGAUGAAACCGAGACAAAUCUUGUCAACUUACGAAGAACCAUAUAUCUUACAAUCAUGUCAAGUGUUGAUUUUGAGGAGGCUGGACAUAAGUUGUUAAAAAUCAAACUUGAGCCUGGUCAGGAGAUGGAAUUGUGCAUAAUGUUGCUAGAAUGCUGCAGUCAAGAGAGAACAUAUCUACGAUAUUAUGGUCUUCUUGGGCAGCGGUUUUGCAUGAUUAAUAAAGUUCACCAAGAAAAUUUUGAGAAAUGCUUUGUGCAGCAAUAUUCCAUGAUACAUCGCCUUGAAACUAAUAAGCUGCGCAAUGUGGCAAAAUUCUUUGCUCAUUUACUUGGAACAGAUGCACUUCCAUGGCAUGUACUUGCUUAUAUACGCUUGACCGAGGAGGACACAACAUCAUCUUCUCGAAUCUUCAUUAAGAUUCUCUUUCAGGAGUUAUCAGAACACUUGGGAAUUCGUUUACUCAAUGAACGUCUCAAUGAUCCUACCAUGCAUGAUUCAUUUGAUUCUAUAUUUCCCAAGGAUAACCCGAAAAAUACUAGAUUUUCCAUCAAUUUCUUCACGUCAAUUGGGCUGGGUGGUAUCACUGAAAACCUGAGAGAACACCUGAAAAAUAUGCCAAGGCUAAUCAUGCAACAACAAAAACCAGUUACUGAUUCUGAAGAUGAAUCUGGAAGUUCAAGCAGCUCAAGUUCCGACUCUGAUUCGGGUUCAGAAUCUGAGUCAGAAUCGAGCUCAGAUGAAGGCGAAAGGGGCAGGAGGCACUCCAGGAAACACAAGAGGAAUUGAAAUACCUGGCAUUUAUAAAUAGGGGAGAACAUCUUGAGGGAAGCUUAUGCCUCGUAGUGAAGUGCUGAAGAACUUUUCAUGGCUAGUUCGAAAAAUAUUUUACAGAAUGCAGAUAAAGCUGCUAUCGUCUGCUUUUGUACCUUGACAAUCAGAAUUUGAAGUCUUUCCUUAGCCAUCUGACAGCAUUUCUUCAUGAAGUAAUCUCCCUGACAUUUAAUUCGGGAUGCUUGCAACAUCAGAGUAUCGCCAUACAUUUUUAUUGUAAGUCUUAACCUUGGCGAUUUCUUUUCCAUCCACGUGGCUAUUCCUUGUUUAUGGUUAGGCGGCGGAGUGGAAUACCUCUUUUGAACUGAUGCAUCGUGUGAAGUCAGUCGUCAACCCUUUCAUGUCAGAAUAGUCUUUGUACUGUAAAUCUUAUUAGUUUUCCUGUAGACCCAACGGGAUGGAUGUAAGGAGUAUCCAAGCUAUUUGUUUGUGCUGAGAA